AACGUGGAGCCUAGAGACAUGGGAGUUCGAGGAGCGUUCCACCUUCUACUCGUGUGCCUGAGCCCAGCACUGCUGUCUGCUGUGCGGAUCAACGGGGAUGGCCAGGAGGUCCUGUACCUGGCAGAAGGUGACAGUGUGAAACUGGGUUGCCCCUACAUCCUGGAUCCUGAGGACUAUGGUCCCAGUGGGCUGGACAUCGAGUGGAUGCAGGUCAAUUCAGACCCUUCACACCGGGAGAAUGUGUUCCUGAGUUACCAGGACAAGAGGAUCAACCAUGGCAACCUCCCCCAUUUGCAGCAGAGGGUCCGCUUUGCAGCCUCAGACCCCAGCCAGUAUGACGCCUCCAUCAACCUCAUGAACCUGCAGGUAUCUGACACAGCUACUUACGAGUGCCGAGUAAAGAAGACCACCAUGGCCACCCGGAAGGUUGUUGUCACUGUUCAAGCUCGACCUGCAGUGCCUGUAUGCUGGUCUGAGGGCCACAUGGCACAUGGCAAUGAUGUAGUGCUGAAGUGCUUUGCUAAUGGGGGCACCCCGCCUCUCUCCUACAAGUGGGCCAAGAUCAGCGGGAAUGCCCACCCCUACCGUGCUGGGUCCUACCAUUCCCAGCAAAGCUUCCACUCUGAGCUCACCUACCAGGAGUCCUUCCACAGCUCCAUAAAUCAAGGUCUGUUGAACAAUGGCGACCUGAUGUUGAAGGACGUCUCCCGUGAGGAUGAUGGGCUGUAUCAGUGCACAGUGGCCAAUCAUGUGGGCUACAGUGUAUGUGUGGUGGAGGUGAAGGUCUCAGACUCCCGGCGUGUAGGCAUGAUCAUCGGUGCAGUGCUGGGCUCUUUGCUCGCACUGUGCUGCCUGCUGGUGGGCAUCUGGGGGCUCAUCUGCUGCUGCUGCGGGGGAGCUGGGGCUGGCUGUGGUACCCGCAGUGCCUUUGGCUACAGCAACGGCGGCGGGGUCAGCGGAGGGGCCUGUGGCGACUUGGCUAAUGAGAUCAGAGAGGACGCCAUGGCGCCGGGGUAUAAGGCCAGCGGGCGCGGCAGCCGCGUCACCCACCUGCUGGGGUACCCGACACAGACCGUCAGCCGCUCCCUGCGCCGCAAGUACGCGCCUCCGCCCAGCGGCGGCCCAGAGGACGUGGCCCUGGCGCCCCGCACCUCGGCCGCCUGCGAAGCGGGCUCCUCCCCGGUCUACGUCAAGGUCACGAGCGCCGAGCCCGCUGACUGCACUCAGGGGUCGCUGCCGGGCAAGGACGGGUUGUUGGUGUGAGCACGCGUGCCCGCCGGGCUGCGCCCGGGCCGGAGGAGGGUGCGGGCUCUUUGCACAUGGCCGGGGACACGCUCGGACUGCGCCCACCCUGCCUGCCCCAGGCUGCCCGAAGGCUGUGGGCUGACAGCAUUUCCCUUGGAAAAUGAGUGAAGAGGCAGAGC